AUGAUAUCUUCGAACUGUGUGAAUAUGCUCACAGUUCGGCCCAAAAAUUCGCCCAAAAAUUCCCAAAAUCGACCCCUCCGCUCUAAAAGGCUGUAUGGAAAACGAGACGCAAAUUCGUCGAGAGCGGUGCUCGAUAUUGAGUGCAAAAGCUCCAGCAGAACGCACAGAAACUCUGAGAAUAUGAGCCCCGGGGCUAAUAACCUGGUGGAAACGUUGCAGGAGAAGCUCGCCGGAAUUACCCUUGAGGAGCAGAGCCCGAAGAAACUUUGGACAAAAAAGAGGCCGAGGAUAGGUGUACAAAUUCGGCAAGCUAGUCCAUCGGCGGACGAUAAGCUAGAAGAGGAAAACUGUAAGGUAUCGACGAAUGCGGCUGUCACACAAAAUCAUGAUAUGGAGGAGCGCCACGCAGAAGCACAGGCGGAGACGCCCAAGCCGGACGAAACAAAAAAAGAGCAGAAGGGGAAUAAGAGGAAAGUUAUCAAGUCUCAACCACAAGCUCGGAAAAGUGAUCUAGUAAAUCACUAUGUGAGGCCAAUUUUGGAAGAAGCGAUGUCAACCAGAGAGGUCGAGGAUUUCGAUACCUGGGCCGAAAGAGCAGGGGACAUGUUCGACGUUGAGAAGAUCGCCGAAGGCUCCUACGGCGAUGUAUACCAAUUACGCGUACGACAAGAUAUUUCCAGGCGAGAGCUGUCCAGAUCCAAGGCCGCGAGAUUGAAAGCUUACGACAAUGGCGUGUUCAAAAUAGUUCCGUUGCGCGCACAACGUGGCGCCGGCUCUAAGAAGUUUACGUCCAUUCAAGAGAUUGUUGCUGAAGUCCAAAUGCUGAAAUUGCUUGAUGCCAUUCCUGGAUUUGCGAGGUUUAGAGACGUCCACGUUGUUCAGGGUAGGUUUCCAGCAUCUUAUCAAGAGGCCUGGACUCGCUACAGUGAAACGAGAGAUGACUGCUACAACCCCGAUCCGAGCAAGAAAAAGUCGUAUCCUGACAAUCAAGUAUGGGCGAUUUUGGAAAUGGAUAAUGCUGGAUAUGAACUGGAAAAAUUCGACUGCUCAUCAAUUUUCCAAAUAUACGACAUAUUCUGGGGAGUGGCGUUAGGCCUGGCUAGAGCAGAGCAGUUUGCAGCCUUUGAGCACCGUGACCUCCACUUAGGGAAUAUUUGCAUUAAAUCUACAAAACCGAAGGGAUGCUUACAUGGCCCCCUCAAGCCGUCAUCGCAGAAUCCGGGCAUUGGCACAGGCUUUGGUCUGAGUGGCAUCGAGACAACGAUAAUCGAUUAUUCACUCUCUCGAGCUAAUCUAAAGAUGAGUGAUAUACCAGUCGAUGAGGAUAUUGCUUGGUCAGACCUCGAUAAGAAAAAGCUCUUCGAUGCCAUCGGGAGAGAUGACGAUGAGAAACUCCUCCGAGACACAUAUAGAUUGAUGCGCACAGAGGUAUACAAAGACCAAAUUCCAUGCCGUCCUCGAGACGAACCCUGGCGUUGGAAAGAGUUCAGCCCCAAGACGAAUCUAAUAUGGCUCUCCUUUAUCCUUACCAUGCUGCUAGUCAAAGGCAGCGAUCAUGGUAUUCUUCCAACGCCGCGGGAACCACUGACGGCCCUCUCUGUGAACACCAACACCCUAACCCCUGCCCAGAAAGGCAAGUCUGGCGCCAAAGUAAAAUCUGCAAAGAAAAAUCAUCUACCGGGAAUAGAUUUCCAGUUAGAAUUGCUGGACCGCCUCCAGACAGUUCUAGAUGUUUUAGAUCCUGAAGAGCAGGAUGAAGAAUGCGAUAUCCUAUCUUGUGCGGGCGAUUUGGUUGCAUUUGCUAUUGGGUCGCAAUGGCUGUCGGAGUCGGACUUUUCAUGUUAA